AUGGAAGCCGCAAGCUUUGUGGACCGUGUGGAAGACAUGACAGACCUUGAACUGGCAAUGCUACUCAGUCUGAUAGCGGAACAUCAUUGUCUGAUUGAAGUAGAUGAUGAUUUACUGAACGACCUUGCUUCAGAGUUGGCCUUGAUUGCUCGAGACGUCUUCAGCCUUUCAUACAUCAUCCUCGAGCGAGCAGAUGUGCAGUCCAUCGAUGAGUUUGUUGCUGCUAUUCUGGAUGACAAUAACGAUGUCGAGGACCCAGCGGAUGCUCUAGAGGAUGACUCUAACCAGGCAUGCUUCUCUAACCCAGGGAUUUGCUUGGUCGAUGGGCUUAGCUUUCGGGGAGCACCGUCAACCCAGAAUGCUCAAUUUCAAUCUGAUAGCCCGACAGUUGUCAACGUAAUCAUCGCGAAAGACUUCAACUUUGCACAUGACGACGUACAGGUUCAAGCCUUGGAGCUGAUUCGAAAACGGAGGAUAUAUAGUCGAACGACUGUACACGUUGCCCCGAAGGCCUUUCUGCUGCUUCCCAUCGUUUCCACCUCGUCGAAGCAUGUUCGGCUGAACGCUCACCUUAAUGAUCGCAUCUUCAUGUCACAUUAUCAUGAAGCAGAGGACGGGUUCCCCAAUCUUGAGGAGAUGGAUAUUGCUCGUCAUUCCGAAGACGAGUCUGCAUACUCAUAUUCUCACUCUCCCAGUGUUCGACGUGAAGACAUGAUCGCAAGCCGACGAAUCGAGUCAGAGUUGAUUGACCAGCUUCGGGUCCAAGGCAAGGCAGCCACGGUUACACCCGAGAUUCGGAGAUAUCUCCAAGACGUCGUAGCCUUUCUUCGACUGGCAAGGGGUGUCGAUGGAGGCGUCACACCUUACGCGACGACUCUGUUCCUUGCUCUGGCAAAGUAUCUGGCACCCUUCCACGGCAUAGACUACGUGACACCCGCUCUCAUUACUUUGGCCGCGAAAAAGGUGUACCCGCAUCGAAUCAUCAUGGCAUCUCCGACCCGAGAACGCAGUACACAGUACGGGACCAAUGUGACGACAGCUCGAGACUUGUUAAGAGAUCUCGAUCCUCACACCGUGCUCCAGCAUGUGCUCGAUACAGUUGAAUGCCCAGCUUGA